ACAAUGUAAGAACAACGCUGGUAGAUUAUCAGUGCUAUAAACUGAACUGUUUUAUUUUAUGUGGACAUCUGUUCAUCUGGAACACGGAUACGUUUGAUCAGGUUUACAGUGUCAUGGCUGAAUCUGCGUGGUGGAAACGGUCCUUCUUGAAGAAGAAGUCUUCUGAGUCCAAGGUGCUUUACGAGAUCCCAGCUGAGCAUGGAAGCAACACUGGCAACAAAGAUCCAUCCAGCCCUCAUCACACAGAAAUUACGGACAGUGAGCUAGACGCCAAGCUGGAAAAGAUUGUGGACAAAUCUGGCAUCAAGGGCCAUAAUGUUAAAGUCUCACACUCUGGUCGUUUCAAAGAGAUGAAGAGGAUUCGAGCCACUCUGGCUGAAAAUGCAAGUAUUUUCAGUGAAAACAACAGAACUGUUGAGGACUGCGUGGUGGAGAAAUAGGACAUAAUCUUAAACAGGUGGUAUUUUUAAUAGACAAACACACUCCUGCUUGUUAACUGGCACAUGUAGGAAGAAUACACAAAGUGGAAUAAUGACUGAUACAUUACUGAAAAGCAUCCUCGUUUUACUUAAGCAGUCAUAACAUCAGGGCAGUUACAAACACAAAAGUAAUUCAUUUCAUGGGUAUAAUUUCUAAACUCCAUUCUAGAAAAAAUAUUGACUUGGAUUUUGGCAUGGAAUAUUUUGUCUGCAUUGUUUUACAUACACUCUACUGCCAAAAGUAUUCACUCACCCAUCCAAAUCAUUGAAUUCAGGUGUUCCAUUCACUUCCAUGGCCACAGGUGUAUAAAACCAAGCACCUAGGCAUGCAGACUGCUUCUACAAACAUUAGUGAAAGAAUGGGUCGCUCUCAGGAGCUCAGUGAAUUCCAUUGUGGUAUCGUGAUAGGAUGCCACCUGUGCAACAAGUCCAGUCGUGAAAUUUCCUCGCUACUAAAUAUUCCACAGUCAACUGUCAGUGGUAUUAUAAUAAAGUGGAAGUGAUUGGGAACGUCAGCAACUCGGGCCACAAAGUGGUAGGCCACGUAAAAUGACAGAGCGGGGUCAGUGGAUGCUGAGGCGCAUAGUGCACAGAGGUCGCCAACUUUCUGCAGAGUCAAUCGCUACAGACCUCCAAACUUCAUGUGGCCUUCAGAAUAGCUCAAGAACAGUGUGUAGAGAGCUUCAUGGAAUGGGUUUCCAUGGCCGAGCAGCUGCAUCCAAGCCUUAUAUCACCAAGCGCAAUGCAAAGCAUCGGAUGCAGUGGUGUAAAGCACGCCACCACUGGACUCUAGAGCAGUGUAGACAUGUUCUCUGUAGUGACGAAUCACGCUUCUCUGUCUGGCAAGCCGAUGGACGAGUCUGGGUUUGGCGGUUGCCAGGAGAACAAUACUCGUCUAGCUGCAAAGGGUGGGCCGACAUCAUAUUAAACCCUAUGGAUUAAGAAUGGGAUGUCACUCAAGUUCAUAAGCAUGUGAAGGCAGAUGAGCGAAUAAUUUUGGCAAUAUAGUGUAACUGAUAUAUGGUUUAAUUUGUUAAUUCAGCAAACGCAUAUGAUUUCUAGAGACAAAAAAACUUAAAUCAACUGAACAGAUUCCAUGUUUUUGUGUUUGGAAAACAAAUUUUGUAAAACUGUUAGAGUAAAUUAAAGGUUUAUUAAUGAA